AUGCAGAUCUUCGUGAAAACCCUCACCGGCAAGACUAUCACCCUCGAGGUGGAGAGCUCUGACACCAUCGACAAUGUCAAAGCCAAGAUCCAGGACAAAGAAGGAAUUCCCCCGGAUCAGCAAAGACUCAUCUUUGCCGGAAAGCAACUCGAGGACGGCCGUACCCUUGCGGACUACAACAUCCAAAAGGAAUCGACCCUCCACUUGGUGCUUCGCCUCAGAGGCGGCAUGCAAAUCUUCGUGAAAACCCUCACCGGCAAGACAAUCACCCUCGAGGUGGAGAGCUCUGACACCAUCGACAACGUCAAGGCCAAGAUCCAGGACAAGGAAGGAAUUCCCCCAGAUCAGCAGAGACUCAUCUUCGCCGGAAAGCAACUAGAGGACGGCCGUACCCUCGCCGACUACAACAUCCAGAAAGAGUCCACCCUUCAUUUGGUCCUCCGUCUCAGGGGUGGGAUGCAGAUCUUCGUGAAAACGUUGACUGGUAAGACCAUCACCCUCGAGGUUGAGAGCUCCGACACCAUCGACAACGUCAAGGCCAAGAUCCAGGACAAGGAAGGCAUCCCACCAGACCAGCAGAGGUUGAUCUUCGCUGGCAAGCAGCUCGAAGACGGGCGUACCCUCGCCGACUACAACAUUCAGAAGGAGUCUACCCUCCACCUUGUGCUCCGUCUCAGGGGUGGCAUGCAGAUAUUCGUCAAAACCUUGACCGGCAAGACCAUUACCCUCGAGGUUGAGAGCUCCGAUACCAUCGACAAUGUCAAGGCCAAGAUCCAAGAUAAGGAAGGAAUCCCACCGGACCAGCAGAGGUUGAUUUUUGCCGGGAAGCAGUUGGAGGAUGGGCGUACCUUGGCUGAUUACAACAUACAGAAGGAGUCGACCCUACACUUGGUGCUGCGUCUUCGUGGUGGGAUGCAGAUUUUUGUGAAGACAUUGACCGGGAAGACCAUCACCUUGGAGGUUGAGAGUUCUGACACCAUUGACAAUGUCAAGGCUAAGAUCCAGGAUAAGGAGGGUAUUCCACCAGAUCAGCAGAGGUUGAUCUUUGCUGGGAAGCAGCUAGAAGAUGGAAGGACUCUAGCUGACUACAACAUCCAGAAGGAGUCCACUCUGCAUCUUGUCCUCCGCCUCCGAGGUGGUUUCUAAGUGUGAUGUGAUGGUUGGUCGGCUGUGAGAUGGUAGUCCGUAGAAUAAAUGUGUUCGUGUUUGUGAGCCAUUAUUGUUAAAUGGCUUUUGAAAACUGUUUUGUCUUUUUUUAUUUUCUAUUUUACUUUUCAAUUUCCGUGUGCUUCUAUAAUAUCAUGGUAUCUUUAAUAAAUAAAAGUUAAGUUUUAUGCUAUA